GGGAAACGCAGUUCACGUGCCAACAGCAGCGGAUCUUCUUCCUACAUCUGCCAUGGCUCAACCCGCGACUCUGAACCUCAAUAACGAGGGAGUCGUAAGUCAUCUGAAGGCUGAAAUUAAGCUGGAAAAGCAAGGAUCAAAUGAGGAUCUCACAGCUACAGCGAAGGAAGUUCUUUAUCCCCUUUAUUCAGUGAAUAUGUGUGUCUACUAUAAGCAACUCACAGUUUAUAUUACACACUUGUGUAAGACAUGCUUUCUAUUUUCAAGCAACCUGUACUUAGGUUGUGAAGAUGAGAAAAGAAGUGAAGAGAAUCCGAGUUCUGGUUAUCCGAAAACUUGUCAGAAGUGUUGGCAGACUGAAAUCGAAAAAGGGUACUGAAGAUGCACUGUUAAAAAACCAAAGAAGGGCACAGCGAUUACUUGAAGAAAUUCAUGCCAUGAAGGAAUUGAAACCUGAUAUAGUAACGAAAUCUGCUCUUGGUGAUGAUAUCAAUUUUGAAAAAAUCUGCAAAAAGCCUGAUUCUACUGCGACUGAAAGAGCAACUGCCAGAUUAGCAACACACCCUCUUCUGAAGAAAAAAAUAGAUGUGCUAAAAGCUGCUGUCAAAGCCUUUAAAGAUGCGAGACAAAAUGAUACUGAAGCUCAGUCAUCAAAGAAUACUUCAGAAGAAAAGUAUUCCAAGGACACUUUGGGUUCAAGUGAUGAUGCCAUUAAGUCACAGCAUGAAGGAGCUAUUGUCAGUGAGCAGAAAGACAAAGAACCCAAAAUGUUGGCGAAGAAAUCAGUAAAUAGUUCAAAAGAAAAAAUAGCCAAGAUGGAACACGGGUCCAAAACAGUGGACAUUCCAAAUUCUCCAUCAAAGCCUUCUGAAAAGGAUUCUGUAGUUCCCUAUGAACCCCAGAAAAUACCUGCUAACCGAAAAAUGAAAUCAUUAUGUCAAAACACAAAAAAGGAAGUGCCCAAGAGCUCACUUGGUGAAAACAGUGAUGGAGAAGAAUUACACGAAGAAGAGAAGGAGUAUUUUGAUGACAGCACAGAAGAAAGGUUUUACAACCAGUCUUCCGUGUCUGAGGAUAGUGACAGUGGUGAUGACUUCUUCAUUGGGAAAGUCAGACGGACACGAAAGAAGGAAAGUAAUUGUCAUUCUUCAGUUGUAGAACAGAAAUCCCCCCAAAAGGUGUCCCCUGAAGAGCAUAUACUUGAAACCCAUCAGGGUAUAAGAAAUGACAAAAACAAGCCAAGUACGGAAGGAAGGAAGUUUGAAUCAGUGUUUUUCCACUCUUUAUCUGGAUCUGAAAGCUCUAGAAGAAAUUAUAGAGAACAGGCUCCGAAAAGCAACACCCCAGGUUUUCAGCAAAAUGAACCUCAGCUGAAGAAUCAGUUUAUUAAGCGUGCACAAAGAGGGCCCCAAAACACUGCACAGCAGACACAGCUGCCUCUUCAUCCUUCAUGGGAAGCAAGCAGGAGGCGAAAAGAACAGCAAUCUAAAAUUGCUGUGUUUCAGGGGAAGAAAAUUACAUUUGAUGAUUGAUUAGUAUCUCUUUCUGUGAAUUUUCCAUCUCAAUUUUUUUUCUUUCUGUUUUUUCCAGCCCAUUAUUUAAACUCAUAUUCGAACAAGUCUCUAUGAAGGAGGUAUAGAAAUAAGUUUAUUGUUGUCUUUAUUCCCCUUUUUAAGUGUUUUCAAGUUAUGUUUAUUUUAUAUAAACCUUCCACAAAUAAACUACAUAAAUUGUUUUUUUUUUAAUAUGCCCUGGCUGUUCCCUUUAUAAAAGAAUUAUUAAAUCUCAGAUUUCCCCAUUGUGCUUAU